AGCAGGAGUCUCAUGAACUCAGUUUGGCUCUGCAGACUGCAGAAGUUUGUCUGGAUGAAAGUUCAGAGCGCGGAAGUGAAGACAGAAACUUUUCGCCUGAAUCUCUGCAAGAGAGCAGCAACAAGUUCCCGCGUUCAGCUUUGGAAGAGGAUGUCGAGGAAGAUGAGUACGACGAUGACACGGAUCGGUCAGUGUCUUUGAGGAAACCGCAGUUCGUUGUUUUAUGAAGCUUUAGUUCAGCUGGGAUUAUGGGGUUGCCGACGUUAGAGUUCAGUGACUCGUUUGUGGAUAGUCCGGAUUUUAGAGAAAGACUCAAAUGUCAUGAAAUCGAGCUGGAUCGAACCAACAAGUUCAUCAAAGAGCUGAUUAAAGAUGGACACCAGCUGAUCUGCGCGCUCAAGAAUCUGUCGGCAGCAGUGCAGAAGUUCUCUCAGUCUUUGCAGGAGUUUCAGUUUGAGUGCAUUGGCGACGCAGAGACAGAUGAUGAAGUGAACAUCGCUCAGUCCUUCAAAGAGUUUUCCAAGCUGCUGCACACCAUGGAAGAGGAGAGAAGGCGGCUGAUACAGAACGCAGAUGAUGUUCUAAUCACGCCGUUGGAGAGAUUCAGGAAAGAACAGAUCGGAGCAGCCAAAGAGGGGAAGAAGAAAUUUGACAAGGAGGCGGAAAAGUAUUAUUCCACACUGGACAAACAUCUCAACCUGUCAUCCAGAAAAAAAGAAUCGGCUCUUCAAGAGGCUGACGCUCAGAUUGAUAGGGAAAGGCAGCUCUUUUAUGACGCAUCGCUAGAAUACGUCUUCAAAAUCCAGGACGUUCAAGAGAAGAAGAAAUUUGAGUUUGUGGAGCCGCUCUUGGCCUUCCUGCAGGGUCUGUUCACAUUCUACCAUGAGGGUUACGAACUGGCCCACGACUUCGAGCCCUACAAGCAACAGCUCCAGUUUAACCUGCAGAACACAAGAAACAACUUCUUGAGCACUAAGCAGGAAGUGGAAAACCUGAUGAACCGGGUUCGAUCUGCAGAUCAGGAUCAAAAGCCCCCGGGCCAGUGGACUAUGGAAGGCUACCUGUAUGUCCAGGAGAAGCGGCCUUUGGGCUGCACAUGGACACGUCAUUAUUGUACAUAUGACAAAGAUAAUCAAACGUUCAGCAUGUGCAACACAGAGGCAAAACCAGCAGCCAAACAGAACGGCGUCACUUCAAAUCCCCCUGAGAAGUUCAGGCUUAAGUCUUGUAUUAGAAGAAAGACUGACUCCAUUGAUAAACGCUUCUGUUUUGAUAUUGAAGUGGUAGAAAGAAAUACCGUCUAUCGUGGAUCUCUUUUCCGACCACUGCAAUUUUUCUUUAAAAGCCGGCAUGGCAUUAUCACUCUACAAGCGCUGUCCGAGUCCAACAGGAGGCUCUGGCUGGAAGCAAUGGACGGAAAAGAGCCGAUAUACAAUCUUCCUGCUAUUCUAAGCAAGAAAGAAGAAACAUAUUUAAAUGAGACUGGCUUUAAUUUUGUGAGGAAGUGUAUACAACUGGUGGAGGUCAGAGCAGGGCUCAACACUAUGGGUUUGUACAGAGUCGGUGGAAUAAAUUCAAAAGUGCAGAAGCUCAUGACCACAGUCUUCUCACCCAAAGCAGCAUCAGAUCUGGAUUUGGACCCGGACACUUGGGACAACAAGACCAUCACCAGCGGCCUCAAGAAUUACCUCAGGUGUCUUUCUGAGCCUCUAAUGACGUACAAGCUCCACUCUGAUUUCCUCAUGGCUGUCAAAUCUGACGAUCAGAACUACAGAGUGUGUGCAGUUCAUGCGCUGGUGCAUAAACUCCCUGACAAAAACAGAGAGAUGCUGGAGAUAUUAAUCAAACAUCUGCUCAAUGUUUCCAGUCACAGUGAGAGUAACAUGAUGACGGUGUCUAAUCUGGGGGUGAUCUUCGGCCCCACACUGAUGCGCUCACAAGAGGAAACCGUUGCUGCCAUGAUGAACAUCAAAUUCCAAAAUAUCGUGGUGGAAAUUCUCAUCGAAAAUUUGGAAAAGAUAUUUCAUCAAGCACCAGACCCUAAUGUUCCCCUGCUGCAGCCUCUGUCCCGUCCGGAGUCCCGCAGGAGCAGAGCCAUCGGUCUGACAUCGGGCCCACGCAAACCCAGGAGCCUCUACACCCCCUCACUGUGCCUGGCGGACGCUGACAGUGACACGUUCAGCAGUAGUUCAGGCAGCACUCCUAUCGGCAGCAUGGACUCGCUCUCCUCCCACUCCUCUGAGCAGAACAGCUCCUCCAAAACCUGUUCGUCUCCGCAGCACAAGGACAAGCCCCCCUUCCCCGGGCCGCGGAGCCCUUUUUCCCGCUCCUCCAGUGAGCCGCAGGGCCCCGCCGGCACCAGCAGCCCAGACUCCAGCUCCAGAGAGCAGGACUGUCCUGCAGAUGAGUCCUUCAGGGGGAACAUCAGGUCUACAACAGCUCCUACUAAAGCUCCUCAUGCACAGCUGAACCGCUCCAUUGCUCAGUCUCUGAGAUCACUACACUUAACUGAAGGAGUGUGUAAGAGUUUUGCAGGCUCUGUGCAUAGUCUGGCGUGUGUCGACGGCUCCAAAUCCACCACCUGCCUCGAUCUGCCACCUAAAGCACUUCUGCGGAGAAAGCUGGACAACAACAGCUCUACUAAUGGCUAUCAGAGACCAGGAUCUGUAGUGGCUGCCAGAGCUCUGCUGUUUGAGAACCCAUCAGCUGUUAAACAUCCUCCAUUAGGAAGAGACGCCAAAGCCAUUUAUUCCUGUGAAGCGGAACACAGCAAUGAACUGAGUUUCCCACAAGGGGCGCACUUUUCAAAUGUGUAUCCUUCAGUGGAACCCGGCUGGCUCCAAGCAACAUUUGAGGGCAAAACAGGCCUCAUCCCUGAAAAUUACGUGGUGUUUCUCUGACAGCGUCCAACCAGGAGUGGCCAAGAAUUUCAUGGUAUCCAUGGCGACGUCAAUUUUAAACCAAGAGCUUUAAGCAUAAAUCAGUUAUCAAGUAGGUGCAGUGUAUAGAUAGGCCAUUAUGAUUGUUAAAAUUAACAGAUUGUUUCAAGAGAUAAUUAAGAGAUUGUGUACAGUACACAAACCUCACUCAUAAAGCACAGUGGUGAUUCAUGUCUGGAUAUUAGCAGUAAUUCUUGACUAAUGGGCUUUUACUCAGGCAGAAAUGAUGAGAUUGAAAAGUUGAACUUAAACUGAAAGCAUUUAGUAAACGGUAGAUACAGAGAUCUUAAGAGUUCUGUUGUGUUGUAGAAAACUAAUCCUGUCACGAAAGAUCAGCUAAUAGGUCUAGAGACAGACGUUUGCUUUCACUUAAUGUCUUUAAGUGAAGGGGGAGAGGUUAAAAAAUGAUUUUAUCUGUAAAACCCUGUCAUAUUUAACACAGUUCAGCUUAUGUGUAUGUGUGUGUACUGGAUUUGGUGGUUUAUAAGGGCACAAUUUGUAUAUUGACAUGGGUAUGACCUUGCAAGUACAAUAUUGAUGAGGCUUAUAAGGACAUGACUUGCGUCCUCGUAGUUUGAAUCUUUUAGAAGUCAUACUUAACGGGGGCUGCGCCCGAAACCGCAUGCUUCCAUACUAUAUAGUACGCUAAAAUCAGUAUGCGAGCCGAGUAGUAUGUCCGAAUUCCUAGAAUUCGAAAAUCAGUAUGCAAGAAAUACCUGGAUGACUUACUGCUUCCGGCGAGAUUCUGGAGUGCGCAUCCCCGAGAGAAUGUCCCGCGAGAGAAUUCAUGAAUGGGAGUAAAUCGACGCAACGGACACAUUCUUACUUUUCACAUUCAUACUGUAUAGAACGUACUUUUCUAACGGCCAAGUAGUAAGUUUAAAUUUAAAUGCAGUACCCACUGAGUAGUAUGCGGUUUCGGACGCAGCCAGGGUUUUUUCACUCUUAAAAUUUGCCACAGGUUUUCUGUCAGGGUUGUGUUUAAGGGUAGGGCAGAGCAGGGAUGAAAGUAAAGUGGGAUGAACGUAACAAAUCGAUUUUCUCAAAGCCCUGACAACAUUUGUCUUCCAGGCUAUAACAGCAUAUUCAGCAUGCAACCGUUGAUGGAACUGCCAAAAAUCAUGUGAUUUCAGAACAUUGUCCUGCAGUUUUUUAGUUUUUAAAUGCAGCAAGUAAAUUAUUAUAGCGGUUUUCCUUAUUACAAGUUGUGUUUCUAUUUUCAUGUGCCACAUUAAUGAUCAAUCUACAGUUUAUUUAGUGUAAUAACACAUCUGUAAGUUUGAAAUGUCUGAGUUUUUCAGUUAAAAAGCAAAUCAGGUUUAAGGGAAGUCUAUUUAUAAACUAAUUUCGAGAGGAUCACAAGCUUAUGAUUGCUUGCAGCCACCCCGCACUAUUCAAUUUACGAUUCACCAAUCAGACGAUUCCUAAGCUACUAUAAAUACCAUAAGUUCCAUAUAACAGCCAUCUUUAUUUCGAAGAAUCCCCCAUUUCACUCCGACUCCUCCUCCUUUCCAAGAUGGGUGGCACAGUGGCCCAGUGGUUAGCACUGUUGCCUCACAGCAAGAAAGUCACUGGUUUUAGUCCUUACCAAGCCAG